CUGCCAGCUCUCCACGCUGGCACAGAGGGUCUGAGCGGCUCCAGACGCGCCCCCGGCAUCUCCUGCGCGUGGGGAGCAAGCCCGAGAGGGAAAAUUUGGCGGUGAAUUCAAGCGAGAGGCAUUGUUUCACAGGAGCUUCAGCCUGGAUUGAAACAGCUCUGAUGGCUCUGUCAAAUGUCUCCCUGUGGAUUCGGGAUGCAUGGGAUGUGGCCACCUCUAACCUGGACCUCGAGAGCAAGAAAACCACCCCCGCCAAGCUGCCAUGGCAGCAGCCUGUGAACGUCUUCCUGGCAGCUGGGCGCCCACCAGGCAUGGAGCAGCUGCACCAGGAGGCCCAGCUCAAUCUCCAGAGCUUGCUGCAAGAGGAGUAUGAGGAGCAGUACACCGAGAGCAGGGUCACCGGGCAGACCUUCCGUGCUGCUGAUCACCUGCCCCUCGACACUUCCCCUGAACCAUCACCUCGACCUCCACCUGCCAAACGCCUUGAGUUUGUGCUUAUGCCCCCAAGCCAGCGAGCGGCCGAAGAGGAGGGCACCAGCAGCAUUGUGCUCGGUGCUCGGCCUCCUGACACCUCCCUGAGCCUCCCCACCAGCCCAGACAAGCAGCAGCCCUGGCCCAGGGCUUUCCCCCUGCCCCCCAUGGAGGAAAAGCAGUGGCACCAGCCUGGCUCCAUCCAGACCAACAUCAUCCCCAUCAAUGUCUCUGGGCAGCACUUUGCUAGGCACUCAAGUGCUCGUCACUCCCUGUUUAACGCAGAGACCGCGAUGAACCCAAAGUCCACCCUGCGGCGCAGACGGACCAUUAUUGGAUUCCCUAACCUGUCCCUUCGAGACCAAGGCAGUGCCAACGGCCCCACAUCCAGCACACACAUGCCCAUCGCUGAGCCCCUGUCCUGCAGCUUCGUGCCUGAGACCACGAGUGAGGGGACGACGUGCCAGGAGAUCAGCCCUCGUCCACCCCUCUCAGCCCCACUGAGGAAGACCUUCAGUGACCUCGGGGCCCGCUGCUGCCAGCCACCUGCUGCCACGGAUGGGGCAGCCAACCCUUGUGCCAGUGCCUGCAAUGGGACACAGGGCACCCCUUUUUCCCCACCCUGGAGUCCCCUGGGUUAUGGGAGCCCCCCCAGCCUCACCACUGGCCUGGGCAAGGGGCCCACCUGCACCUCGCCAGGCGGCUCUGUCCCAUCUCCCAGCCCAGGUUCACCCGCCACCUCCACCUCCUUCUUCAUUGCCACAGAAGAGCGCAUAGGCAGCAAUGGGCCCAGCUUCUUCUCUGGCCCAGUGCCUGCUUCCCCCACCAGCUCUGUGUGCGUCCAGGGAGCCAAGGGGAAUUUCUUGCCAGGAAGCCAAGAGGAGCUGGAGCCAGCAGUAGGGCCAGUGCGGCUGGAGGUGGAGCAGGCAGGAUGCCGGUUCCGUGAGCGGUCACUGUCGGUGCCCACUGACUCGGGGUCCCUCUGCUCUGUGGACAUCACGUAUGCUGAGACCCGACGGGGCAGCACCAACUAUGCCCUGGGCUACCCCAGCGCCAGCUCUGAGGGCAGCACCAGCACUGACAAUAUCUCCCUGGGGCUGGAGCCCGAGGGGCAGCGGCGGCGGCGCUCCAAGAGCAUCUCCCUGAAGAAGGCCAAGAAGAAGCCCUCGCCACCCACGCGCAGCGUCUCGCUGAUCAAAGAGGGGCACGACAGUGACGUGGGGCUCAGUGCGGCACUGCCUAAGGACCAGCGGCCCAAGAGCCUGUGCAUCCCACCAGAGCUCCAGGGUCACCGGCUGGUGCACUCCAACCCCCAGGGGAGUGCAGGCAGGGAGCCUGACAGCACAGCUGCCCCCCACCAGUGGCAUCUCACGGACUGGAGGGCCAGCAGCGAUCCCUACCAGUCCCUCUCUGGCUCAAGCACGACCACAGGGACCACGGCCAUUGAGUGUGCCAAGACACGGGGCAGCUCUGAGUCCCUCGUGUCCCCUUCAGUCUCCAGGGCCACGACGCCUUCCCAGCUCUCUGCUGAGGCAGACGUCAAGACCUCCUCGCCAGGCAGGCCCACAGGGCUGAUGUCCCCAUCCAGUGGGUACUCCAGUCAGUCAGAGACCCCAACCCCCACCAUACCCACCUCCACCAUCCUCGGGCACUCCCCACACCAGGUCCGUGUGAGGCCGCUGGUCCCCGAGAGAAAAUCCUCUCUGCCCCCUACGUCCCCCAUGGAGAGGAGCCCCAAGGGCAGGCUGUCCUUUGACCUCCCACUGACUCCACCCGCCCACCUCGACCUCUCAGGGCUGAAGAUCUCCCUGAAGGGGAAGACAAAGGUCAGUCGGCACCACUCUGACUCCACCUUUGGCACCAAGCUGGCCCAGAAGACCAGUCCCAUCACACCCAUCAUGCCCGUGGUGACACAGUCCGACCUGCGCUCCGUUCGCCUCCGCUCCAUCAGCCGCUCAGAGCCGGAAUACAACACCGAUGGCCCAGAGCACACGGAGGAGCCAGCACACGUCCUCUGCUCAGGGCCGGAAAGGAAAGUGAAGCCACCUGUGGCAGAGAAGCCACCACUGGCCAGGCGCCCCCCGUGCAUCCUGCCCAAGCCCUCAGUUCUGCAGGAGGAGGGUCCCCUGUCGCCCAAAUCCCCACCAGGCACUGCCACCAAGGAGACGGGGGUGGCACAGGAUGCCGUCGUGGUGGUGCGGAGAGGGGAGCUGAGGAGGGGUUUGGGGGAGCCCCAUUUGUCCCUGACCCCGGUGGGGCCCCGACGGCUCUCGCAGGACAGCCUGGAUGAGCUGCGGCCAGAGCGGAGUGGUGCCAAGGCGGAGCGCAGGAAGGCCAAGGUGCCGCCACCAGUGCCCAAAAAGCCUAGCGUGCUGCACCUGCCGCUCAUGCCAGCCCUGGCACAUCAGGGAGCUGGUGUGGGGGACCUGCCACCCACCCCCAGCCCCAUCAUCACGCUGGACACUGACCCCACCUGCUGCAACCCUGACGCUGAGGAUCCGCCAUCCCCCAAGGCUGGGGGCACCACAGGCUGGCAGGAUGCCAGUGAGCCUGCCAGCGAGCCUGCCUCAGAGCAAGGCAGCUCAGCAGAAGCUGGCACGGAGGAGAAGAGCUUUGCCAGCGACAAGACAGCCGAGUCCAUUGUGGAGGAGGACGAUGAGGUGUUCACGAUGUCCCGCACCACAGAGGAUCUCUUCACAGUGAUCCACAGGUCGAAGAGGAAGGUCUUGGGGCGGAAAGAGCCUGGUGACACCUUCAGCAACCGACCCACCUCCCACUCACCUGUAAAGACUUCAGGCUCCCCAACUGGCGAGUCCCUGGCAGCAGCGGGCAGCAGUGGGAAGUCUUCCAGCAGGAAUGAGGAUUUUAAAGCCCUGCUCCAGAAGAAGAGCAGCAAAACCAGCCCUGGUACUCGGCCAUCUGCUGCUGAACUGCUCAAGACCACAAACCCGCUCGCCCGGAGGGUCAUCACAGAGUUUGCCCCUGAGCUGGACAGUGCAAACAGCCCCAAAAGCCAGCCCUGACCACACAGGGGCCCCUCCAGCUGGAGGGGUGGCAAUGACUGCAGAGGGAGCGCUGCUGCAAAGGGCUGUCCUGGCUGCCGGGGAGCCCCUGUAUCCUGCUGGGGGGUUCUUCUGCUUUUUUUCCUUAUUUGGAGAGCUGCUGGCAGAGAGGCAGUGGCUGGAACCCAAACCCUCAUGACUCUGGGCCCUUCCCACGAGGGAAGCAGCUAGAACUGGCCCUGACUGAGCCAGCUUCUGGGAUUGAAGGCUCCUGCCCAGGAAGCAGAACAGGAUCGUGGCCCCUGGUGUCGCCCCAUGCCUGCAGCAAAGCAGCUUGAGAUUCUCUGGUCCCUUUCGGCAUGUGGUACUUUAAACAGCUUUUCUAACGCACA